UCUCUAUCUACCUGUACAUACAGGGCUAUUAAGCAAUACAGUUGAAUGUAGAGAGAGAAAGUGGAGGUGGUGGUUUUGGUUUUGAAAAAUGGAGGCGGCAAUGGGGUUGAUGAGAAGAAUUCCGCCCAAGCAUACCGAAACGGCGCUUUCUGCACUGCUCAGCCUAUUGCCUCACCAUUCCUCCGAUCUCCUUUCUCAGGUCGAUCAGCCUCUCCAGGUUUUAUGUGAUGUGGACUGUGGGAAAGAGUUCAUAUUGUGUGAAUACAACAGAGAUGCUGACUCUUACAGGUCGCCCUGGUCAAAUAAAUAUCAUCCACCACUAGAAGAUGGACCUCAUCCAUCACCAGAAUUGAGAAAACUUGAGAUUGAAGCAAAUGAAGUUUUUGCUAUCUAUCGUGAGCAGUACUAUGAAGGUGGAAUUUCAUCCGUAUAUCUAUGGGAAGAUGAAAAUGAAGGGUUUGUAGCUUGUUUCUUAAUAAAGAAAGAUGGCUCGAAGACUGCACAUGGUAAAAGAGGUUACCUGCAGGAAGGAGCUUGGGAUGCCAUACACGUUAUUGAGGUGGGUCCCGAGGAAGAAGGAAAAGCCCAUUACUGUUUGACAAGUACAGUUAUGUUGUCAUUGACCACAAAUGAUGAGUCAUCAGGCACCUUUAAUUUGUCCGGAUCAAUUAGAAGACAGAUGAACAUGGACCUCUCAGUUGCAGAAGGUCAUUUAUGCAACAUGGGAAAAAUGAUUGAAGAAAUGGAGGGAAAACUUAGAAACUCUCUGGAUCAGGUUUAUUUUGGGAAAACAAAAGAAAUGGUUUGUACCCUGCGGCCUCCAGCUGAACUGGUGCAGAUGAGACUCCCUGAUAGCUGAGAUUCUUUUCUGCCUCUGUUAUAUGUGCUUUUAAGCACAUGGAUUUUCUUCAUCUGUACCAAUAGUUUGACACUACCCUAUAAAUUUAUAUUGUCUUCCACCAAUUCUAGUAAACCAUUUCGCCCUCAUUUUUCUCUAUAAAAGUAGUAGGUAGUAGGUCACUCUUGUGAUUAAUCAUGGCGUAAAUCUGCGGUUAUUUGAGGAAGAGAAGUUUGUUUACCGUCAAAUAGAUUUUCUGACCUUGAUUCUAGAGUAUAACAUACUUCAUUGAAUAUGUCCAUUUGUUUACUCAUCUAUUUAUUGGAAAUUUGGCGGGGCGA